CUGGUGCGGGGUCCUUGCGCUCUGCCUUGGGACAGCAAAAGGGGGUGUUGGGUCCUUUUCUAGGUCGGUCGCGCAGGCAGCGGUUGUGGGCAGCUGAAUCCAGGAGCUAUGUAUUACAAGUUUAAUGGCUUUACUCAGAAGUUGACUGGAGCAUGUGCUUCGGAGGCUUAUUACCCGCAGGGAUUAAAGCCUGUGGUUUCCACAGAAGCACCGCCUAUCAUAUUUGCCACACCUACUAAAAUGACCUCCAGUUACCCUAAGUAUGAUUACGCUGGAAAGAACAAAGUUCCAGAGCUGCAGAAGUUUUUCCAGAAGCCCGACGGCGUGCCGGUGCACCUCAAGCGGGGCCUGCCGGACCAGAUGCUCUACCGGACCACCAUGGCGCUCACACUGGGCGGGACCCUCUACUGCCUCAUCGCGCUCUACAAGGCCGCGCAGCCCAGGAACAAAUGAGGCAGGCAGCACAGGACCCGGUGGCUUUUGGGCACAAACCUUUGAGUUUUUAAUUUUUCAUUUAUCUUCUUCACUUGGAUGGUCUACUUAACAUUUUUGCAAAAAAGAUGAAGACGGAAUUUUGGUUUAUGAAAUACAUAGGGCCUGUCGGAUGUCAGAGCCGUUUGAAAAUUAAAAUCAUUGUUGAAGGAAGUGCGGCUGUGCUCUGUGUUCAGGCUCCUGAUUUCCCUGAGGCUCUGGAUGAGAGCUGCGCACUGGCUUCUUAAAGGCCAUCUGCGCUGAGGGCCUCAGGGGCCAGGGUUGGUUUUUAAGCAUGGCCCGUGAGGCCUUUCUGGAGCUGGAUGUGACUGAAGACAGAAGCCAAACAGGGCCAGGCAUGAGAAAUGAGUAGGCAGUCACCGCGGGGACUUUUCCACCCAUCAGUGAAAUGUGAAUGGAAGUCACUUGCAGCCUGUCUGUGUUCUUUGGGCAGUUUGUUUCAAAGGGCUGUGUGCCUCAUCCAGGUGUUCAGUGAACUUUUAGGUGUAAUGGUCCUGUGUGUAUUCCACUGUGGGAACAGAGAACACUUAUUUAUGUUGUACUUUAGACUGGUGUCUUGUGUUCUCUUUUAUAUUUUAAAAAUGUUGUGGCUUUAAAUCAUGAUUUAUUUUGACUGGAAUAAAUACAUGAAUGAACAUUUCA